CAGCCAUCUGUCUUUCUCAUCAUUACUUUGGCCGCCGUACGAUUUGACUCCAUCCUCUUCCUUUUUCCUUUAAAGCUAAUAGGAAGAAGACUAGAAGAACUUGAAGGAGCACAGAGGACGUAAAGCAGGAGAAAAGGGUGAAUUUCUCCAAGAUGAUUGAAAGAAGAGUGACAUCUCACAACUUAGCACCUUAAGUAUUUUCUGUUGUUGUUGCCUCCACAACAACUCUUUCUCUUCUUUUAAGGGAAUUAUUUGUAUGGCUUUUGAAGCUAUGGCUAUUUCAAACAAUGGCUUUUUAUUUAACAACGAUACUGUAUAUAGUUUGCUAGGGUUGUCCUAUUGGGUGAAGGAUGAUCCUCUUCUCUAAUUAGUCAAUUAGUUAGUAAGUUCAUUUGUUUGUUUAGAGUUACGUAUCUUUAAUGUUGUCAUAUCCUAUACUUCUCAUUUCCUUCCACCAUUUCAGGUCAAUCGCUUUCUCAUAUAAACUCUCUAAAAGUGUUCGUUUAUACAUUUCUGUCAUGUUUCCAUAUUUCUAACACUUUUUUCUGGGACUGUAUUUUUAUAUCUUUUGUUAGGUUACUUGUAAACAUUCCAUACCUUCCCUUGCCUUUAUUUCCUUCAUUUUCUAUCCUAAUCCAUGUUUCUUUCUUGUUGCUACUAAUUUCCAAUAAUGAUUUUAUUUGAAAUGCCUCACAGUAAAAUUCCAAGUUUGGUAAUCCCCAUCCUAUUUCCUCCUGGGUAUGUGUAGGAAAGUCUGUUUGGUAUUCUAGAUAUCUUUUUUUCAAAAGUCCAAUCUUGUAUAGUUUUGUUCCAUAUCCUAAAUGAAUUGAUUGAUUUCCUUGGAAGGAGUUGAAAUAAAUACAUUAGGUUGGGAGUUUAAAUAUUUUACCUGCUUCUAUUUUGCCUAGCAUGAUUAGAUUCUUAUUUUUCUGCCCUUUUUAGCCUUUAGGACUUUCUACAAUACUUACUUAUACUGUAAUUUCUUUCUGCCAUUUUAUCUAUAUUUUUCAUAUUGUUGUUACGCCUAGAUAUUUUAUUUUUUUCGUACCCAUGCCCAUUUGUCAUUUUAUUUAUUUAUUUAUUUCUGAUUGGUUUACAUCAAAAUACAUAAUUUCAGAAUUUUUUAUGUUGACUUCCAAUCCUGAAUUUAUUUUGAAAUCUUUAAGGACAAUUUUUAAUUCUCUUAUUGCAAUAACACGAUUAGUUAGAAUCAUCAUUAUAUCAUCUGCAUACAAGUUUACCUUUAUUUCCUCUUGCCCUAUCUUAUAUCCCUAUAUUCUUAUGUUAUUUCUGAUUCUAUUUCUAUACAUAACAGAAAUGGGAGUGGUGACAGUGGACAUGCCUGCUUGACUCCCUUUUGAAUAGGAAAUUGCUCUGAUAUUCUGACUAUUGCCAUUCCGUUCCUGUAUAGCUCCUUGAUUGUGUUUAUAUAUGUAUCUCCUAGUCCAUCCUCUAGGAAUUUUCUAGGUCCUCUAGGUAAUUCUCUGGUACACUUCUGCUGGAAGUUACCAUGAAGUCAUUCUGGAGGACCUAGCAAAUUACUAGAGGGGAUACUUCUCUAAAUCUUUUCCAGGUCCUCCAGGAUGACGCAAAAGUAACUUUCAUUACAGUUGAUCAUUUCAAUAGUGGUUGAAAUUAUCAAUGUUUUCCUCUGUCCGUAAUAAGCUGAGGAGUGUAUCCCCUGAGGAUACAGGAGUUGUACCAUCCUGUAAGGUUGACAUUUCACUGAUGCACACACACACACACACACACACACAUAUAUAUAUAGUAGAGUCUCACUUAUCCAACAUAAACGGGCCGGCAGAAUGUUGGAUAAGCAAAAAUGUUGGAUAAUAAGGAGGGAUUAGGGAAAAGCUUAUUAAACAUCUAAUUAUGUUAUGAUUUUACAAAUUAAGCACCAAAACAUGUUUUACAAGAAGUCUGCCAUUUGUUUUGGAUAGUGGCUGCUGCCACUUGGAUAGUGUUGGCCCGCUGCACAUUGUUGCCUAGUGAAACAGCUGUGGAUCCAGGCAGAAGGCAGACUGCGUUGUAUAAUACAGAACAUUGGAUAAGCAGAGGUUGGAUAAGGCAAAUUCUACUGUAUUAUUAAUAAUUUUAAAAUAUAUAUUAAUAAGAGAAAAAUGGGGAGAACAGGGAAGGAGAAGAGGAGAAGGAUGAAAAAUUGGAGGAGGAAGAGAAGAAUACAAGAAGGAGAAAGGUCAGGGGGGAAAAGGAGAAGAGGAGGAAAAUUACAAGGAGGAAAGGGGAGGAUGAGAAUAAGAAAUGGAAGGAAGGAAAGAAGGAAAGAAUAGAGGGAUGAGAAAAAAGGGGAAGAGGGCACCCAGCUCUUUCCUUGAUGCAGAAGAUGUUAUUUUUAGGCACGAGAAGUAAAUCUGUUCCUUGUCAAGAAGACUGAAUAUGCUCCCUUAAGAGGAAUGUUUCUUCCUCUAUUUGGAAAUCCCAGGAAAUAUUCUCACGAACCUCAAAAGGUUUUAUUUGUGGCAUAUUCUUAAUUCAUGAGCCUUAGAAGGUAAGAUGUCAUCGUUUGCUAAUUCCUAUUUUUGAGUCAUUGUCCCUUUUCUUCCAAUUGGUGCUUUAUACUUAAGUAAAUACGAAGGAAUGGAAGGAAGAAAAGAAGGGAAGAAUAGGAGGAUGAGAAAAAAGGGGAAGAGGGCAUUAGCAGAAGAUAAGGACGUGCCUCUUCCUCCUCCUUACUUGCUACUACCUGACAGUACAAUUUCACUUUGCCUCUGAGACAAUGUUUAAAUCUGACUCCUUUCAUGAACAACAGAUGCAUAAAUAUGGUUGGCAUGCAGGAUGGCAGAAUUAAGUGGCUGUCAGAAUUCAAUUGUUUCAUGUUGAUCUCUCUCUUUUAGAUCCAUUAGUAUAAGACUUUUCCAAUGGAUCCCCAAACGUCUUAUGCAUCUCUAGUGAACGGCAUUGAGUCUCUGGAUGUAACAGGAGAUUUUAGUCCCUGUCAGCUCCUGCUCACCGGAGACCGGGCUUUCCCGGUGCUUGUUGAUUCGAAGGAUGAAGUCCUCAUUGCUGCGUCUCAGUACGGAGAUGGGCGCAUGGUGGUCUUCGCCCAUGAAGCAAUGCUGACCCUUCCCCAGCUUUUACCAUUGAUUAAAAAUGCUCUGGAGUGGAUGAAGCCAUCCCUCACAGCACAAGUGUGGGUCGAGGAAAGCCUGUCUGGCCUCUCUGAGAUGCUCCUUAGCAAUGGGUUUCAAGUUAAUACUGGAGCACCCGUUGGAGACUCUCUAGGGAUCUACUGCUUGGAAGCCUACAAUGACGAACAGGCGAAGGGUCUGGUACGGUUUGUCCGAAGAGGUGGGGGUCUGCUGAUCGGAGGACAGGCCUGGAAUUGGUCAUAUAAACAUGGCAAGGAGAACGUUCUGGUGGAAUUCCCUGGCAACCGGGUGACCAGUGUGGCUGGUGUUUAUUUCACUGCCGAUGUGGGAGAGAAUGGGAUCUUUCCCGUACCCACGGAAAUGCCAAGGGUCCCCCGGAUUGACGAAGCCACAAGUACACUGAUCUUUCCAAAUCAUCCCCAAGACUUUUACGCAUCUCUAGUGAAAGACAUCCAGUCUCUGGAUGUAACAGGAGAUUUUAGACCCUGUCAGCUCCUGCUCACCGGAGACCGGGCUUUCCCGGUACUUCUUGAUUCGAAGGAUGAAGUCCUCAUUGCUGCGUCCCAGUACAGAGAUGGGCGCAUGGUGGUCUUUGCCCAUGAAGCAAUGCUGACCCUUCCCCAGCUUUUACCAUUGAUUAAAAAUGCUCUGGAGUGGAUGAAGCCUUCCUCCACAGCACAAGUGUGGGUCGAGGAAAGCCUGUCUGGCCUCUCUGAGAUGCUCCUUAGCAAUGGGUUUCAAGUUAAUACUGGAGCACCCGUUGGAGACGCUCUAGGGAUCUACUGCUUGGAAGCCUACAGUGACGAACAGGCGGAGGAUCUGAUAUGGUUUGUCCGAAGAGGUGGGGGUCUGCUGAUCGGAGGACAGGCCUGGAAUUGGUCAUCUAAACAUGGCAAGGAGAACGUUCUGAUGGAAUUCCCUGGCAACCAGGUGACCAGUGUGGCUGGUGUUUAUUUCACUGGCAAUAUGGGAGAAAAUGGGAUCUUUCCCGUACCCCCGGAAAUGCCAAGGGUCCCCCUGAUCACUGAGUCUGGGUUAGACAUCCAAAGAGACUUAAAUUCCCUUCUCAAUGGAGUGACUCAGUUUGACAUGUACGAUAAGAUCCCUUCUCCCCUGCUCAUCCACGGGAAUUUGGCAUUUCCAGUUGCCGUAUCCGAUUCUGAUGAGACGUUCAUCGGAGCCGCAUACUAUGGCAGGGGACGCGUUGUAGUUGCCUCCCAUGAAGGGCUAUUGAAUACCGAUUCAAUGCAGACAUUUUUGCUCAAUGCCAUUCGGUGGCUUAUGGCUGGGAAAGGAGGAAAGGUUGGAGUUGGAAGUGAUUUCUAUGGGGUUCAUUCUAUGUUACUCCAAGCCAUGAUCCCUUGUGAACUCACCAGUCUUCAGGAAGGCCUCAGCGUAUACUGUUGCUCAGCCUAUAGCGAUGACGAGAUGGAAAAUAUCCACGAAUUUGUCUCUGAAGGAGGUGGUCUCCUCAUCGGGGCUCAGGCUUGGUCUUGGACUUACAGCCAUCCCAACAGCAGUGCCAUUGCCCAGUUUCCAGGAAACAAGAUCCUGAACAAGUUUGGAAUAGGAAUCGUUGGGAAAGCAAUUGAUUACUCUAAUGAAAUCUUCCCAGCAAAACAGCCUGGAGACGAAUCUUUGAAUUAUAACUUUCGAAAAAUGCUCUCCCAUUUCAAGGAACAGGUUGAGAACGAUCAACCUCUACAUCCGCCGUAUUCUCUGUGGUGUAAGAAACUGGCACAAGAUUCGGCCGCAUUCCUACAAAUCCCAGCUGCCAAAUCCUCUGUUUUCUCCUCAGUUCACAAGCAUAUGGUGGAACUGGUCCAGCACUGUGGGAUUCCCGACAUCGAUGCAAACAACCCAAUCGAUUCCAACUCAGACAAAGCUGUUUUAUUCUACUUGUCUUGGGAUCUCUAUAACGCGGUGCCCGAAUUCCAGAGUUUAGUCCCCAGCCUGAAUCAACAUUUCACAAAACACUUUCCUGUAGAAACCCAAACCAUGUGGAUCAAUGCAACUAAUAAUGGAAAGGAAGCAUGGAGAAGCACUGGCAUGUACGUUCCUCCAGCCAAGACUGCCACCGUGGUCUUUUCAUCAACUGUCCUUGAUGCUAAUUUGCAGGUGCAGAUUGGUUGCCAUUCUGAUGAUCUGAGUAAUGCCGAUCAGCUGCAACGUCCUCCAGUGAUGGUCAGACGAUUUCAGGUUAAAAAUGCAAGAGUGGAAGUCUCCAGCCUGUGGGGAGGCCUCUUGUACAUCAUCGUGCCGGAGAACUCUUCCUUGGGCUCUAUAUCUAUCACCAUAGAAGACGCCACUGCAGCUCCUUACUUCAGGCAUGGUGAAACCAGUGUCUAUGCCUGGCAGAAUGACAUACGUCACUAUGCUUCUCCCUGGGCUGAGCUAGAAACUGAGAACAUCAUCUUGACGGUGCCCUCAGAUGAUGCGCGCAAAAUAGACGAUCCUGAGAACUUGCUCACCACCUGGGCCCAGAUGAUGAAUGCCAUCACAGAGUUGGCAGCCAUUCCUCCUGUAUUUCCCAGACCAGAAAGAAUUGUGACCGAUGUUCAAAUAGCAGCUGGUUGGAUGCAUUCUGGUUAUCCGGUUAUGUCUAACAUAGGGGCAAUGCAGAGUAUUGUGGACAUGAACACUAUCCAAACCGAAGGGUGCUGGGGUCCAAUCCAUGAGUUGGGUCACAACCAGCAGCAAAGUGGGUGGGAAUUCCCUCCCCAUACCACUGAAGCCACGUGCAACCUCUGGUCUGUUUACGUCAAUGAGACGGUCCUGAACAUCCCCAGGGACAAAGCUCAUUCAGAUCUCCAACCAGACCUGAGAAAGCAGAGAAUUGAAGACUAUCUCCAAAAGGGAGCUCAGCUGAAGGACUUUGAAGUAUUCACUGCGCUGGAACCCUAUUUACAGCUCCAGGAGGCAUUUGGAUGGGACGCCUACAAACGCAUCUUUGCCGAGUACCAAAGAAUGACCAAUAUCCCCAGUGACAACAAAUCCAAGAUGAAUCUGUGGGCAGAAACAUUUUCUCAAACAGUGCACAAAAACCUCGCCCCUUUCUUUAAAGUCUGGGGGUGGCCGAUUGAGGAUGAAGUCUCUUGGAAGCUCGCCAAUGCUUUCCCUCCCUGGGAAGAGGAUCCAAUGAAGUAGGGUCAAAAGGAGAGAUACCAGAGAAGGAUCCUCUGUUUUUAAUGGAUUUACAUGCCUACCAACUCUCCCAACAUUCCUGAUUAAUCCUCUGCAUUCCCACUUUUCAUGUACUUUUGAAACGUCCCAGUUUAUUUCUCCUUUUCCCCCUUUGUCCUAAGUCUAUUUCAAUUGCUGCAAAUUGAGGAGAUCAGCACAUAUCCUAACUACGAGGGCUAUCCAGAAAGUAGGUUAUGUUUUGGAUUUUAAA